AUCGUAGGCGACUUCAUUUCGAAACCUCGGGCUGGAGUACAAAGAGACCUGGCGCACACUGGGCUAGGUAACGUAAUCAGCCAGUUGCAGCGGUAUUCGAUCCAACGCGACUACAAUGGGCCAGCAGAGUGGCUACAGCCUGCUGUCCAAUGGCCAAUGACAACACACCGAUUGAGGCUAAUUUCUGAACGUAAUGAGCCCGUAGUUCACCCAGUCGGAUCUAUGCUCACGGCAUUCUUGUGAUGGGCGUUCGCGGUCUACACAGCUUUAUCGCACGAAACCCUGGGAGUUUCAAGUUAACUCUACUUCACAACACCUAUGUGGUGAUUGAUGCGGAUAAUUUGGUGAGCAACCACUAUCGCGAAUCCGGUUUAGCGAAUUACUAUGGUGGCGAAUUGAUUGAGUUCCAAAUUUAUGUGUUGAAAUUUGUGAGACUAUUGCAACGAUGCUGCAUCAAGCCCAUCUUCAUCUUCGGUGGAUGCCUCGAACAAAGUGGCGGCAAACGGGAGACGUUACUGGAUCGCAACAUGGAGCGAAUCAACGCCUUGUGGGAUUUCAUCCAACAGGCCCGAGCAUCUGCAGAUCCAGACAGGAUGGCUUCCCUCGAAAAUCUACUACCGAAACUCGCGCAUCAAGUUGUGAUGGAGUUGCUAGAUGAAUGCGGCGUCCCAUACAUUUGCGGCACCCGAAAGGCUAAAUUGCAAAUGGCUGAACUCGCUGUGGUACUUAACUGUCCGCUGAUGAGUAACAACUCCGACUUCUACAUAUUUCAAUCGCUUGUCCCAUCACGUUACCGAGUGAUUCCGUUCUCUUUACUAAAAACUACAUGUGACCAGUUGCCAACGAAAUGCGCCGAUUGUGCCUCACGGUCUGCAACGUGCUACGGAUUAUCAUGUUCCGUUUUCUGCCAAUAUCCACCUUGUUUGAACAAAGUGAAACCGCAGUUACUUCCUCUGCUAGCGGUACUAUUGAACAAUGAUGCAAGUUCAAACGUUCGCCCGCCUGAUAGCGUCGAAAGCCUAAUAAAACAGUCUCAAGGCGCGAAGCGGGUACAUGAUGUGCUGCAUUGGUUGGAGCGAUUCUCGGACGAACCCUCAGGUGCGAUACGUGAAAUUUUGUCCGGGUAUGCCAGGUUCGAGUUAGAAGAGAUAGCUAAACAAGUCGCGCAGUGCAUCCAUGGGUAUUUUCUUGACUCGUUUACGGAUGGUUUUGAACUGGCCAAUGAAUUAAACCUCCCUACGGACACUGCAUUUGCCCUGCACGCACCACCCGGAAACCCACCUGUUAACAUUGAUUCCAUUUCAGUGAAAACACUGGAUGAGGCUGUUUCAUUGCUCUCUCAGGCCCUAGCUCACUGGGAAGUUGCGGAGGUUGAAAUGAAUGCGGAUUUUUGCUUCCGAUGGCCGCGGCAGCUGAAACGUGCUUAUCGAACUGGUCGCAUAACAAUUUCGCUGCUUGAUGCGCUUUACAUGCGUGGUGGAGGUGUGCUAUGGAUUCUGUAUGAGGAUCUGAACUACACGAAUUCCAUCUACUCCGUGAGUGAGUAUGUUCGAUCGUUAAACUAUAGUUUAUUGGUUGAACUUGAGAAGCGCAACGAUUGUUCGCACAAACUCCGCUGGCUGACGGAUGGCAAGCCGAUAGAGAGCCGCCGUGAGGGUAAGCGAAUGUCCACGUUCUCCGUGCAGUUGCCUGUUGCGUGCAUGCCCCGUGGUGAGUCUGCGGUAGAAAGAUUCCAUCGAUUUUUCAGACAGUAUUUAUCAAUUGACCUAAUAAGCAGCGUGGUUUGUGACUCACCUGAAAUGAUGGGUAUCGUAUGUGUGCUAACUGUAUGGUUGCGACAUACAUCUAUUAAGAAGGUUAACCGAAUUCCAUUGGUCAGAAACCCUGUCGGGUUAGCUUUUAUCACGUGUGCAUUGGUGACUGCACUUCAUUACGAAUACUUCCGUCGUCACGAUGGCGCCGUUGUGGAUCACGCACUGGCUGAUCUGAGUAUGCGGUACGGCCAAGUUGCUGGAUAUGCGAAAUGUGAAUGUGUGACAAACGGCCACCAGGGUUACUCAAUUGAGGUUGUACAUCAGCUGAAUGAAUUGCAAUUGGUAUAUGUGGAACUACAGCACCUGACGACUUUGUUAGAAGUUAUGUGCACAUGUAAUGAUGCAAAAGAAGAUCCUAUUGAAGGUGAUAUCAAAACUGGUCUCGAAAUGCGAUUGCGUUUGUGGCCCGCUUGGGUGAUAUUUUCAAGUGGACGGUUGCUCUAUUGGCUGGCGCAGACUCUGGCCUGCGCUUCUUCAGAAGAUCGAUUCAACAAUCUGCAGGUGUGGAUCCCUGCCCUGUUGCGUACGAUAUCCCCUGAUAUCACUCCACCAAGUGUGUCAGAAUUGUCGAAGCGCGUUUCUGAUGUGCUGGAAGUUGUGCAACGGAUGGGACGACAGUGUUAGAGAAUAUUACUACUUGGAUCCUACAUUAUUUGCUACCACUUUUCGCCCUAUUUUGUGAAAUCACACUAAAAUAUAUCUGAAAUAACUCUCGCCUUCCAUGACUGCGACGGACUGAGUUGGUAUUUCAACCUUGGAGAGUUUUCUGAAUUACAUUUGGAGACUGUUUUAACCUCAAUUUGAGACCUUUAAUGUUCAGCGAUGCGUUGAAUCUCGUCCUGGGAAAAACAUGUUGAUUCCGCGUAGACCUGGUGAAUGUUCCAACACUCUUCUUUUCAAGCUGCAAGCUGACUGUUCCAAUUUAGUGCGUAGUGAACCCGAAAUAUCUGCCUCUCAGCCUUUGGAAUGUGAGUGCAGUCCGGGAGGAGGGUACGUUCAGUGCGUUGUGGUUAGUCGAGUCAGUGUAUUUAGCGUUAAUUUACGUUGUUCUUUCGACGGUCUAGGCUCAAGCGAUAUGUACUUUUCUUGGACAUAUGGACCGACGGCCAAGCGCACCCUCUGUAAUCCUUCAUUUCGAGCAUUGCCCUUGACCCUAGAUUUUACGAUCAACCCCGUGUUUCAUUGCUUACAGCAGCCAGCUGGCACUUCAUUGUAGAUUUACCAAAUGACACUUGAUCCACUCCUACUGAUGCAUGAUGUCUAUCUUUAUUGAACUGAUGACUGGAGGAAAUGG